AUGAUCCCCCUCUCCAGAAUUACUUCAGGACUAGGGCCGCUUUUAAUUUGUGAAUAUAGCUGUGCCGAUAACCUCCGCGUGAUCUCAACGUCAUCAAGACUGAUGUUCCAGGAUCCUGUCAGACGAGAAUCCGACCCACUCCCCAGCGGGCUGACUCUCUCCACAGCCCUCUCUUGGCCUUCCGGAAAGCCCGGGCGCUUCACCGUCGAUACGACGAGCCUGAAGAAGAAGGUGCAGCAGCCCUCAGUCGCUUGGUAA